AUGAGUGCUGCUGAUAUUGGCCAGCGUCGGUCUUUCGAUGGCCAGCUGUGCACUAUCCGCUAUGUGGGUGGUGUUCAGGGCACCACAGGUGACUGGCUGGGUGUUGAAUGGGACGAUCCAACUCGAGGCAAGCAUGCGGGCGAACAUAAAGGAGUGCGGUAUUUUACAUGCAAAAGUAAACACCCCACGGCGGGGUCUUUUGUCCGCCCCUCCAGGCCGUCAGAGCCGCCAAGGAGCUUUUUAGAGGCGCUAAAUGAGAAAUAUGCCUCCGAAUAUGACCAGCAGGAUGCACAAAGUGCCUUGAAUGCUAGCCUAGUCCCGAAGGCAAUUGAGAUCAGUGGCAAGGUUGUCGAGGAAGUCGGCUUCGACAAGAUUCGAAAGCAGCAGGCAGAGCUGCAGGAGCUACAAAUUGUCCUCCUUGAUGGACUACGGAUAUCAGGUGUGCUACCCUCCUAUGAGCAACCCGAAAGUUCUGUUGCCGAGGCCGCUCCCAAGAUUGCGGCUACUUGCCCGAAGAUUAUCGAAUUGGAUAUCAGCCGUAGUCUGUUUACUCGAUGGCGGGAUGUUUGGGAGAUUUGCAACCAGCUGAAACAGCUGAAGCGAUUGAGGUUGAAUGGCAAUCGAUUCCGUCCUUUGGAGGAAGACGUAACAUUCGAGGGAAUCACUGAAUUACGUGUGGAGCAGACCCUCCUUACCUGGGAUGAGAUUUCUGCGGUAGCAUUAAGAUUCCCGGCACUCACCGACCUGAGAGCUUCGGCCAACCAACUCACGACUAUAUCCUGCCCACUCGGAAACUCAAUCACAAGUCUAAAUCUUGAGGGCAACAGUAUGACAUCAAUGACAGCACUCAAACAUCUAGCAGCGCUUCCAAAUCUCGGGCACCUCUCCGUGCGUUGGAACAACAUCAGCACAAUACUGGAAGACUCGAACGACGCUGCCCCAGAUUUCCACUUCCCCAAAUCCGUCUUCUCCCUCGACCUCUCACGCAACAAUAUCACAUCUUGGAAAUUCCUGAAUCACCUCUCAACCCUCUUUCCAGGCCUAACCACUCUAAGAGUCUCAACAAAUCCUCUUUACGACGAGCCACCUCUCCCGCCAUCCAUCGCAGCCGCUACAUCCACCAUAGGCUCCUCAAAACCAAUGACAGUUGACGAAGCCUUCAUGCUAACACUAUCCCGCUUCCCUCCUACCCUCCACAUGCUCAACUACAGCAUAAUCUCACCACAAGACCGAUUGAAUGCGGAUAUGUACUACCUCUCGCUAAUCGGCAAAGAGCUCUCCGCGACCUCUGAGGCGGAUGAAGAGCAUGUUCUUGCUACGCAUCCGCGGUAUGCUGAGCUGUGCGAACUUUACGGCGAGCCGAGGAUCACACGAGCACUUGAAUCCGACGGAUCGGGUAAACGAAUUAUUCAUCCGCGCUCUGUUGCUGCGAGACUCGUUAAGAUGGCUUUCCAUCUACCUUCUUCGACGCACAUACCCGUCAAGGAGAUUCCGCAUUCAUUUAAUACAUACCAAUUAAAGUCGAUUGUGUCUCGACUAUUUGACCUGCCUCCAUAUGGAUUCAAACUAGUCUGGGAAACGGAUGAGUGGGAUCCUAUUGCAAAGGCAACAUUUGACGAAGAGGACUGGGCGGAAGAUAGUGAAGAUGAAAUGCCGCAGCCAUCUCAAGUUGAGUCUACAUCGGAAGAGUCCAGUCGGUUCGUGCGGAGAGAAGUUGAACUCGUUGAUUCGACGAGGGAUGUCGGAUUUUUGUUCCAGGGUGAGACGGGUGAGAUGAAAAUUAGAGUGGAGGUGCUUUAA